UUAACUAUAAACAUAGAGGAGGCUGACUAUAGAACUCCCUUACAGAAAAGACAGCUAGAUGGAGCAUUGAAUCGAGUGCCAAAAGAUUUCUAUGAAUGCGUAUGGCAGAUAUUGGAACGAACACCAGGUGGCAUUAAAGUAGCAGGUUAUUUAUUACCCCAGCAACCAACCCAGUCUGAUAUGACAAUGUAUGAGUUAAAUUUCUCUCUACUGGUAGAACAGAUGCUGAGUAAAAUAGUUGAUCCUUCUUAUAGACAGAUCAUGGUGGAGACGUUUAUGGUAGUUUCCACCAUCUUGGAGAGAAAUCAAGAAUUAAGUUUUCAUCAGAGUGUGAACAUGGAUCGGAUUAUACAAGAAGCAUUUGAUGAGUUUCAGAAAGAUUUAAGCCAAUCCGAAGGACGCGAGAAACAGGAUGAUAUGAAAUGUUUCUUUAACACACCGCCCAAUAUUAAACGUGGAACAACGAGUUACAUCGGGAAGGUUGUUAUAAAAAUCUUACUGGACGGAGAGCUGAAUGUUCCCACGGAAGAAAUGUGUCUUGUAUGUUAAAUGAUUUUAAUGGAAUGUUUCUCGGAGUUUGUUUUAAUGCCUCAUCUAAUAUUACACACUGAAAGCUAUACUAAUAAAAUUAGUAGCCACAUUUUAUUAGAGGGAGAGCUGAACUUUUCUGAAGACUUAACAAACAAUGCAGGAAAACUGUGCAACUAAACACAGAAAAAAACUAUGUCAAUUCUUAAUUCCAAAUAUGAAAAUUUAAUCCAAGCUGUAGGCUAUGUGAACUUACCACAGGACUGCAUCCGAGCCACCUCUUGUGCCAACUCUACUUCCAAAUAUGAAAAUUAAAUCCAAAGCUGUAGUCUAUGUAAACUUACCACAUGACUGCAUCCGAGCCAUCUCAUAUGAACCUAGUAGUGAGUGGCAUCAGGUGUUCCAGAGAGUGUAAGCAAACCUUCCAUUUGGCAUGAUACCCAUGUGUGUUACCAUAAUGUGGUUUGUUAAAUGUUUAGGAUUUCUAUAAGAUUGUUUUAUAAAACUAACUUUUAUGUACCAAGUAGACAGAUUUUAAUAUAAAUUUAAUGACUAAACCAUACUUUAUGAGCUUAGAGCCGCUAAAUAUUUUAAAAAGACUAAUAUUUGACACAAGGAAAAGCUGACUAUUUCUCUCUCAAGGUUUAUAAUUUACAUAAAAUUAGAUGUAAAAUAUAUCCUACAUUUAUGUGUUGCUAACAAUAUAAAUGUGAAUACAUUUAAAAGAUACAAUUUCAAUCUGAGCUGAUUUUAUUAAUCCUGUUUUAAUUAUGAUAAGAAUCAAAUUGUGAUAUGACGCGAUGUGGGAGUAUAAUCUUUCUGGUUCUACAUGUAGCAUGUUGUAUGUUUCAAAUGUGAUUGUAGUUGUUUAUUUACUAUUGUUGAUUGAUAUUCUAUGAUGUUUGAGGUAUGAACAACUACUUCAUAUAAGAUAGAUGUGGACAUAAAAUAGAUUGAAAAUUUAAUUAGACCUGUCACUGAUUAGUGUAGUCUACCUAUCACUGAUGUGAUUAGUGUACCCUACCUAUCACUGAUUAGUGUACCCUACCUGUCACUGAUUAGUGUACCCUACCUAUUACUGAUUAGUGUAUCCUACCUGUCACUGAUUAGCAUACCCUACCUAUUACUGAUUAGUGUAUCCUACCUGUCACUGAUUAGCAUACCCUACCUAUUACUGAUUAGUGUAUCCUACCUGUCACUGAUUAGCAUACCCUACCUGUCACUGAUUAGUGAAUCAUACCUGUGACUGAUUAGUGUACCCUACCUGUCACUGAUUAGUGAAUCAUACCUGUGACUGAUUAGUGUACCCUACCUGUCACUGAUUAACAUACCCUACCUGUCACUGAUUAGUGUACCAUACCAGUCACCAAUCAGUGUGCCAUACGGGUCACUUACUAGUGUGCCAUACCUUCAAUGAUUAUUGUGCCAUACCUGUCACUGAUUAGUGUACCCUAUCUGUCACAGAUUAGUGUACCCUACCCAUCACUGACUAAUGCGCCAUACCUGUCACUGAUUAGUAUACCAUCCCUGAUUAGUGUACCAUACCUGUCACUGAUUAGUGUACCCUACCCAUAACUGAUUAGUGUGCCAUACCUGUUACUGAUUGGCUACAUGUACCAUACCUGUCAACAAUUAGUGUGCCAUACCGGUCACUGAUUAUCAUUCCAUACCUGUGACUGAUUAGCGUACCAUACCUGUCACCUGAUCUGUGCAUCAUAACUGUCACUGACUAGUGUACUGUACCUUUCAUUGAUUAGUGCAUCAGGGAAGUAAUGUUUCAUUUCUGUAGUUUCAGUGAUAGGUAAGAUCUUUUAGACAAAUGGCUACCAACCACAAACCUGUUAUUUUAAUAUAAAGGUUCAAUAAAUCAAACAAGCCAGUUAUAUCACAGGUGGAAUCAGGUGUAGGUUAUUUAUAAUACAAUAAUUCUGGAAAAUAUGUAAAUAUGUAUCUAAAAAUAAAGUUAAAGUAAAAUUGUAUAUACCCAUAUUUAUUUAGGUUUUCAUUAGCCCGAUUGGUGCAAUAAAUUAGGAUGUUAAACCACAUUUCAUUCAUUCAUUCAUUCAUUCAUUCCACACUUCUCUACAGAGUAAUUUUAAUUGAAUUCUUAGAAAUAUUUAGAUUGUACCUAUUGAUUUUAAAAGUAGUUCCAGGGUUAUUGCCAUUGACUGAUAAACAUAUUAUUCACUCUACAGUGGUCAGUUCUUGACAGAUUUUCAUCCAAUAUUCGGGAAGUGUUACUAUUGAAGAAAUCAUAGUCGCUAUCAGUUUUUAGCUCUUUCAUAAAACUAAUUCCUGAGUUCAUGCCUGUGACUCAUUAUUGUUGACAAACGUGCACUACCAUUGACUCUGCAGAACUAUGUUUUUGCUUGAUUUCUAGCAAUUUUUUUAGAAAUAUGAUUGGUAUUGGGUUAAAGAUGAAAUUACAGCAGGCUGGGGUUUAGGACAGGUCGAGUGGUCUAUCAUGUAUGCUUUAGAUCGUAAGGUCUGUCAUUGAGUCAAGUGGAAAGGUUUUGAUACCAAGCUUAUAUGAAACUAUAAGUAGGGUCACCACACAACCUUCUCUGGCUUUCUAUGUUUCCUCCCACUGCUAAAAACUCCUUUGCAGAAGCUGAUUAUAAAAAUAUAAACAUGUAUGUCAUAGAUAUUUUAGAUGCAAAAUGACCUAGUUUGUGUCGAGUGGACGUUAAACCCCAUUUCUCUCUCUCUCUCUCAUUGCAGCUGCUGGUGGGUUCUAUGUUAUGUUUAUAAUAAUGUUUUUGAUACCCUGUAUGUAAAUAAAUAUUAAUAAUUGUGAAUCUCCGAGAGGUUGUAAAUUGGAAUGUUUCAUUUUUAUUUUAUUACCAUUCUUUGUUUUACUGUUUUGUUUUUGAAGAAAUAAUAAAAUCGUGUCAUAAUAA